UGGAGUAGAUUCACACUAAAGUGUUCCAGAUGUAAACAGAAACCGUACACUGUCACGUGAGCUUUGUUUACUUCCGUCCGUACCUCAACUACACGUGUAGUGCAAGUGUGCUCUUCAGGCCAUGGCUGCCACCCCCAUUCAACCCUUCAGCACAGAGGAGACCCAGAGGAUUCUGCAACACCUGCAGCAGCCGGCAGUCUUCAUGAACAUGACCAGGGGCUGGCCUGUUCUCCACUGGACUGCAGAGCACCUGUCUGCCUGCCUUGGUGACAAACUGAUCCGGUUCAGACUCGGGAGAAAAGGAGACGUGAACACACCUCUGUUCGAAACCCAGUGUUCCUAUGUGGAGGCCAAACUGGUGCACUUUCUCAGCUGGACCCGGGGUCAGUCUGGGACAGAUGUUGGGCCUUUUUCUGAAUUCUCCUCCUCAGAGUAUUGGGCUUAUGCCGACUACAAAUACAUCGCCAUCCUGUUUCAAGAUCAGCCUUCCAUGUUUGAGGAUGUAAAGUGGUCCGACUUUGGUUUUGAGGGACGUAAUGGGAGAGAGAGCACCUUAUGGAUCGGCACAGAGGGGGCCAACACACCAUGCCACCUGGACUCGUAUGGCUGCAACCUGGUGCUGCAGGUCCAAGGACGGAAACGCUGGCACCUCUUUCCUCCAGAGGACACGUCUAAACUCUACCCAACCCGAAUCCCCUAUGAGGAGUCCAGUGUCUUCAGUCAGGUGGAUGUGCUCCAUCCAGACCCGAGGAGGUUCCCUGACUUCCAGAGAGCCAGGGUCCACACCGUCACUCUGCAGCCAGGCCAGGUACUUUAUGUUCCCAGACACUGGUGGCACUAUGUGGAGUCAGUGGAUCCCGUCACCGUCAGCGUCAACUCCUGGGUCGAGUUGGGAGCGGACGAUGUGGCGAGAGUUAGCGAAGCUGUGACCAAGGCUGUUGUCUGCGCUAUUAAAAGUGCUCCGAGUGACGACAACGCUGACGACUGGCUCAAUCCCACUGAGGAAGGAGUAGCAUCCCAUAAUGAGAACAUGCAGUACGUGAACCUGGCAGUAAGGGCUUGCGCGCAAAGACAGAAGGCCCUCUGCCACGGCAAACUGACCCGGGACCCAAGAGACACCCGUCCAGCUAAACGGGACUCCAGCGGACAAAUUAGAAAGAAGAGAGAUUCGACGGGGGAUUGUGUGCCCUUCAGCGUUCCCUUUGGGCCACAUCUCAUCUCUGUGCGCUGUCAGCAAGAGGACUCACCAGAAGCGAGGGAGGUGACCCCUAAAGAUCUGCGGUUCAAAUCUUCCAGGAACGGAGCGUGCGCAUCUCAAGAAGACUGCACUGUCAGCUCGGAGGCAGCAGGGAGAUCUGAGGCCGCACCUGCUGUCAGACUCCAGCAGGAGAGACGUGAACGUAGCCCCGACUUGACCCAGUGUAGAGCACGUGAUUGUGCAGAUGAGACGCCAGAGAACUCUUCAGAGGAUUGUGAGGUAUCCAGACAUGCAAUAAUAACCACUAAUGACCUGUUAGACUGCCUGGUGCAUCCUGAUAUCAUCGCCCGUGUCACAGAGCUUCUACUGGAAAGACACGCAGGGAGCCACAGGACCACUGCACCAUCCCAGCUUUAACAUUCACCUGCCAUACACAAUAUACAAGUCUCACUGGAGUUUACGGUGAUUUAGAGCCUUGAAAAGACCUAAAGAUCUUUCGCCGCAGACAUCCAUCCUCCAAGCUUCCUGUAAUGCUUUGGUGUCAGUAAGAAGUGAGGGAGGAAAGAUGAAGAUUAACACGGAGUUUCACCCGACUCUUCUUUCUCUUCUCAUCUGUCAAGGUCGUCCUGAGAUAAACCCCCGGAUGCGAGAUGUCACGGUCAAAACUAAUUGCAAUGCGAUGAGUGACGCCAUCGAGUGGCUCUAAACAUUUCCUCGUUUUGUUGUCCUGCACAUGCUAAUACUGUUUGGUUCUUCCAGAGCAAGAAAAAUGACCACUUAAAUCAAUUCAGUAUGCUAAUAAGCCAAACAAUGCAAGAUGAUAUUCCAGGGAUGUGAACAUUUGUUUCCUGUAAAAUGUUUCUCUUGUCAUUUAGAUGAGAGAUGUCAUUGAACAGCCACAGAGCGCUGAUCGUAAUGGUUUGAUGAUUAAUGAGAGCUAUGUGAGGAGCGCUGAAUGAAACGGGUCAGUUUGAAUACAGUCUGCCGCCACAGGUCACACAUCUCAGAAUAGGCAAAGGAGGGGUGUGCAUCUACAAAUAUAAUAAAUGUCA